GCCAAAAAAAAAACUAGAGAGAGAGACAGAGAGAACCUCAAACUCAAGCCCUCUAAAUUCAGUCCCAACUGCUAAUGUGAGAGCGACUGACUGAAUUUCCAGAGAGAAAGAGAGAGAGAGAGAGUCGAAUCUGCUCUCUUCAUUUUCGACUGCUAUGAAUCCAAGCAAAGUAGAAGAAGAUCUGUUCCAACAUCAUCUGGACCCACACCAACUGAUACACCAUCACAGUCAAUCUCAGCCGUCGAUUCUCGAUCACCACCACCAAGAAGUGGAAGAACACUUCUCUCUCCCGCCGAUCUCCGAAAUCGUCCUGUUCCACGACGACGAGGACGACAACGACUUUGAUAGCCACACCUCCUCCGACGCCGAUGACACCUCCAAAGUCUUCCCACCAAAUGACGCUGUUUCGUCAAACCCUAACCCUAAUUCCCAAAUUCACACACAGUCGUUCAUCAAUCCCGAGCCUCAUAUUUCCACCCAAUUCUACACAUUCAACAAAGAAUCGCAUGCCCUAAUGAUUCGAUGCAUUCUCGAGGGCCGUCUCGCGACUUCCGAUGAGAUUCGAGCUGCGACGCCUCUCGCUGUGCUCUCGAGCUGGCGUUCUGUGUGGAAGGACCGCAAUGAAGACACAGCGUACCUCACCGCAUGGAAGCGUAUCCAAGACAAGCUUAAUGCUCACAUUGACCCAAACGGUAAUGAAUUCUUGUGCUUCAAGAACAAUUCCAAUCAAUUUGUAUCUCACAUUGAUCAAUGGAAAGAUAUAGUCAUGAGUGUUCAUGGAGAUGCCGAUUUAAAACAUUUAGGGCUUAAAGAAACUAUUGAAAAAAUUAAACAGGUUUGGACUGUAGGUGCUAAAUUUUACGGUAUCCCCGAAUCUUUCAUUAGGGUCUGUGUGUCUGCAUGUCCUGUAUGCUCCGAUGACUCAUCUGGCUCUGCGGCGCGCACGAAAAGGCGGAGGUUUGAGUAUACGGAGACAUUUGAUGUGCCGGCAAAGGAAGUUCCGGUUAGAUUACAACAAUUGGCGGCCAAACAUAAAGUUGUGCUGUGUAUAAGGCAGAAAUAUAUUAGGUAUAAGCCAUUUAUGGCUGAGGUGAAGGAUUAUGCAUGUCAUAGAGCAGGGGAGCCCGCAUCUAGUAAGAAAUCCAAGGUUUUAAAGAGGGAACCCUAUGCAUCGAAAAGGUGUGGGUGUGGGUUUCGGAUACGGGCCAUUGUGCCUAUCUCUAAUUAUAAUGAGAAGGACAAGACCUUUGUGUAUCAAGAAGAGGGGAUGGCAGUGUUCAAGUUGUAUGCGGUGCAUUCAGGGCAUGAGCCGGGCCCAUUGGAUGGGAAUGCUCGGAUUAUGCAUCGAGUAGUUGGGCAUAAAAAUGGGGUUUUGAUGGAUCAAAAAGCAGUGUAUGGGAUGAGUGAGGAAGAGGAGAAUGAGGGUUUUGGGUUCUUGGCGAAGGACAAUGGGGAUUUGCAGCAUUCAGUUUUGCACCAAGUGCAGGAAUUGAGAAAUGAAGUUGGAUUGCUCGAAGGGAGAAUUAGGAAAACCCCUCAUGAGCUCUUGGGUUCAGUUUCACAAGAAUUGUUUGAUGUCUUGAAUAAACUCAGAAGUAUAGGAGAAUAUGGUAAGAAGAAUGCAGUUGGGUUGCUAUUGGAGAAGUCGCAUCCGGAUGAUGUCUUGGUGGGGGACAAUGAUCUGGAAGAUUGGAGUGAUCAUCCCCAUCAGAGCGUAUAUGGGAAUGGCAAUUCCGAAUUGAUUGACGAAGAUGAAGACAGUUUUGGGCGAACACUAGGGGUUGUUGCUUCUUGGGAUCAGAUAAGAGCAGAAUGUAGGAGCGAGAGGGAUCUGCUGGGUGAGACUUGUAAACCUGAAAAAUGGUUGAGAUGUGGUGAGUUUGACGAAAAGAGUAUUCUGGACUGCGAGGAUUCUAAAUUAACGAAGCCCUUAAGGCAUGUUGAGACUAUAGAGACAGAUGUAGGUCUUGUUGGAAUACAAGCGGACAGCUUCUACCCUGAGAAUUCUAAAUGGUAUGAUUCUCCUUGUGGCUUGGACUCGAGCGCAGAUUGCGGUGACAGUGAAUUCAGGCCUGGGGGGAUUGUGUAGAGUUCAUAGAGCUGGGUUAACCCACUAACUUAAUUCAGAGUUUGUUGGGUGCCAUUCAUCCCUUUCUCACUGUUGGAAGUGGGUUGUAUAUUCUGUACACAGAAGAUUGGAGCCUCUCACGUGCUUUUAGUUACCUGUGCCUUUGCUGCUUGUAAGUCUGUAAAGUAUAGCCAUUGGGCUUCUCGGCACAUACUUUUUGUGGCUGUCUUUUAGUUGUGAGCCUCACAAACUUAAAGCUUGGUUUCCCAUUUUUGUAUGUGUGGUUAGCCCUUUUUUGGUCCGUUGAAAAGUUUUUCAUUUUCUGUAUGAGCCCUUGUGAUUUUGUACCUUUUUUGAUUGCAUGCUAUGAUGACAUGUCUUUAUCUUCCUACUUUCCUCUUAUCUCUGCAUCUUUUGAAAAUUUUGAGGGGCGGCAUUACAUGGUAAUCCUGUACUGUUUGGAUAUGCUAAUCAUAGUUUUGGUUUUUUCAUUCUGGUUGCACUAGGAUG